GGAUGAUUCAGGGGCACUUGAUCCAGCCCUAACUAUAAGCUUUAUUAAAAAGGAAAGUUUUAAGCCUAGCCUUGAGAGUAGAGUAAUGAGAGUGGCUGUCUCCUGAAUCCAAACUACCGGUAAGAGCUGGUUCCAGAGAAAAGGGCCCUGAAACCUGAAGGCUGUGCCUCCAUUCUAAUUUUAAAUAUACCAUGAACCAUUAAGCCAGCAAAUCUGAGAGUGAAGUGCUGUGUUGGGAUGAUAUGGUACCAUGUGGUCUUUAAGACAUGAUGGGGCCUGAUUAUUCAGGAGCUUGUAUGUGGGGGACUGUUCUCUCUGUGAGAGUUGAGUGAUGGAAAUACUUGACCACUGAACGGAUGACACAAAGUAAACUGUCUAUGACAUCGUCUCAUGUUUACACGACUAUCUCUGAGCCCGGUGGGAGCAAUACACCUCAUUCAGGCCUGUGGUGUAGUCUUGGAACACAGCAGCCCCUCUAACUCUCUACAAGACAGAGAGGCUCUUUGAGGCACAACAGAGUGAGUGUUUAUUGGUAAUAUUAAACUCACAGAGAGUGAUCAAACCACCGCCCACCACCCGGUUCUUGCCCUGGCUCUGCCCCUGGCAGGAGUCACGCCUGUCCUUAGGCAUGAUGGCAUGUCAAGUGAGGGUGGCUGGCAAGGCAGCCCUUUGUGGUCUACCGCAGACUCCUGCUACAAGUGUUUCAGUGUGGUGGACUCUCUGGCACUGAUGACUAACACAGUGUGUGUAUAUUCUACUUGUUAGGCCUGUUAUGCAGCAGCAUGAGGGCUGCCCUGUCUGUGAAAAAUGUCAGAUGGAGUUCCCACAGAGCUCUGUAUGGACUGCAGUGUUGACUAAGAGUAAUUAACCAAUAGAUUUCUUCAUCUGGUUGAUUGAAACUUUCACGGGUGGAAAUGUGUAGCAAUGAUGAGGAAUCACAAGUGAUGGAUAUGUGGCUUUAGACAAAUCAGAAUUUUAAAUCAAAUAGCAUCAUAUUUACGUGUGUGGUGCACAUAAAUGCAUAAACACUCCUAAUCACUGUGGUUAGAUACUGGCCUAUGUCUGGAUUUGUCCACAGGGCUAAACUUAGCAAGCUGCGACCUUUCACCUCAAGUUUCCUCCCUUAUAAUUACAGGAAGCAAGGACAGCCAAUCCAGGCAGAGAUCACUGCCGCAUAUUAACAAGCUUAAUAGGAGCAGUAUUUGAGGACCGCACAGCUUUUUCUCCUCUGUGUGCACUCCCUGAAGGAAGAGCAUCUCACAUCAAGAAUUUUCCACAGAGAAGGACAAGUGCUGAAGCUCUGGCUGGGCACGGUGACAGGAUGCUUUCUGAUGCCCUGGGUUUGGAUGCAGGUUUGGGAGAGGGCAGAGGGUAUUCAGAGUCAUACCUGUGAGGCAGUCUGCGAGGAAAUGUGCUGACAUCAGAGAUUUGCAUUUUAAAGCCAGGGGAUAGAAGAGGAGGAGGAGGAUACUUCAGCAGAAGAAGCUGAGUUUGCAUAGAUCAGAUCAGUGUCUGUCUCUCCCAGGCUGUCAGUGUGGAGUAGUGCUGGAGGCUGCAAGGCGACUGUGCUGUGGGAAGUUGCUGAGAGUGCUGAGGGGGAAGUCACUCACAGAGAAACACUUGUACAGAAAAGAGCACUGAGCCUCUUUCACCAGAAGGAUAUAAAGUGCACUCUCGCACCUCCUCCUUGUUGCGCAGGGUGUGUUCGCUGUGCCAGGACCUCAGGGGCUUGAGGAAAGUUAAUGCUGGCAUGAUGGUGGUGUUGCUGCCUCAGGAGUGGGCCUGGCAGGCUGUUCUCCUGGUGACUGGACUAGCAUCACUGAGCCCUGGGUCUGAUGCUAAUAUGUUGGACACUAUGCUCCUGAAGAACGGGGGGAAGGGGGCAUCGGAUCGAAGGGUGGAGGAGAGCAGCAGCGCAGCCACAGUUUUAGCUCAGAACAUGCUUUGGUGCCACUGCUACCAUCACUGUCCUGAAGACUCGGUCAACAACACUUGCAUGACUGAUGGUUACUGCUUCACUAUGGUGGAGGAGGAGGAGGGGGGGGUUGCUGUACUCACUGCAGGUUGCCUGGGACUGGCUGGCUCUGAGUUUCAAUGCAGAGACACGUGGAACGCACGUUCAAGGAGAGCUCUCGAGUGUUGCACGGAUCAAGACUUCUGCAACAAAGACUUGCGUCCCACCCUUCCUCCACUGAUGACAUCAAAUUACCACAGUAUCCAGUACAUGGCUCUCUUAAUUUCAGUCACAGUUUGCAGCAUCAUCCUUGGCAUCAUCCUCGUAUUUUGUUACCUAAGAUAUAAACGGCAGGAGUCACGGCCACGCUACAGUAUCGAUCUGGAGCAGGAUGAGACCUACAUUCCCCCUGGGGAAUCUCUGAAGGACUUGAUAGAGCAUUCCCGUAGCAUUGGGUCUGGCUCUGGGUCAGGACUCCCUCUACUGGUGCAGCGCACCAUCGCCAAGCAGAUUCAGAUGGUUAAGCAGAUUGGAAAAGGACGAUAUGGAGAAGUCUGGAUGGGCAAGUGGAGAGGAGAGAGAGUGGCUGUCAAAGUCUUCUUCACCACUGAGGAAGAAAGCUGGUUCAGAGAGACUGAAAUCUAUCAGACCUUCCUGAUGAGACACGACAACAUACUGGGAUUCAUUGCAGCCGACAUCAAAGGAACCGGCUCGUGGACUCAGCUGUACUUAAUUACAGACUACCACGAGAAUGGCUCUUUAUACGACUACCUCAAGUCCAACAGCUUAGACGUCAAGGCUCUUCUGAAGCUUUCGUAUUCCUCCAUAUCAGGCCUUUGUCAUCUCCACACUGAGAUCUACGGCACACAGGGCAAACCAGCUAUUGCACACAGAGACCUGAAGAGCAAAAACAUCUUGGUUAAAAAGAAUGGAUCCUGCUGUAUUGCAGACCUCGGUCUGGCUGUCAAGUUUAAUAGUGACACCAAUGAAGUAGAUAUCCCUCCUAACCUACGCGUUGGAACAAAGCGCUACAUGCCACCUGAAGUACUGGAUGAGACCCUCAACAGGAGCCACUUCCAGUCUUUUAUAACAGCUGACAUGUAUAGUUUUGGCCUUAUUAUCUGGGAGAUGGCCCGACGAUGCAUCUCUGGAGGUAUUGUGGAGGAACAUCAGCUUCCCUAUUAUGACCUCGUCCCGUCCGAUCCUUCAUAUGAGGACAUGAGAGAAGUGGUUUGCAUAAAAAAACAAAGACCUUCAUUUGCUAAUCGAUGGAGCAAUGAUGAGUGUCUACGACAGAUGGGGAAACUCAUGUCGGAGUGCUGGGCUCACAAUCCAACUUGUCGUCUCACAGCCCUAAGGGUGAAGAAGACUCUUGCGAAGAUGUUAGAGUCCCAAGAUAUCAAACUGUGACAGAGAGUCCACAGAAAAGAUAUCAUCUCCCAGAGUCUCAUCAUUACCACUGGCACAGGCCACUCAAGCUGGCCAGAAGAAAGGGAAGAAAAAAAGAGAGACUGUGAAUAAUAGAACAAAUAUAACUGACAGGGAGGAUGAGUGAUAGAGAUAAUGGUCACCGUAGGGCCAGAAUAAUGAUAUAUACCAAAAAAUUUAUUAUAUCAGGGGACAUCUGCUCUACCAUUGUCUGAGGCGCCUCUCCCUCAGUGUUCAGACUGUGCUUUCUGUGAAAGCUAAGUGGUUUCUGGUUCCAGACUGUUCAGGGGGCCUUGCAGGACUAAAAUCUGGAGGAUGCUCUUGCGCUGCUCCUCUAAAGCCAUAUAGCAGUAUUCUAUGGGCAGUCUUUUGUACUGUCAAAGCUGCUUUGUGUGUGUGUGUUUUGCUGUUUUGUUUUUUUCUGAGUCAGCCGCUGCAUGCUGUGAUAUCACAGUGGACUUAUGACGAUGAUAGUCAUCCAUUGACCUCAGUGUAGAAGAUGUGGAUUCAUACCAUUAUUAUUAUUGCUGAACAAACAGAAACAUGAUUAAUAUAUAUAU